UGGGAAAAGCGGCGAGCACAUUAAUGCCCCCAAGCUGUUUAUUUUGUCAAAACUUAACAAUUAUUUCUACUCUUUUAUAAAAAAAAGAACGGAAAUUAAUAAGUAGAAUAAAAAGUACACGUUGUUAUUAUCGUAUCAGACAAAUCACCAUUUGCCAGCUUGGGAUUAAUCCAGAGCAAACUUGUCGCCGAUAAAUUACCCCCCGGAUUGAAAAAGAUCCGCUUUUCAUACAGACGCCCAGAGAAAAAAGGAAUAAAACAAGGGAAUGCACUAUUGUCCCAGGUAUGAUUACUAGAGUCGAACGGUAAAAAUAAUGGAUAACAUUGUCUACGACUUUGCCAAGAUCACGUUUCAGCCAAAGGAAGUGGUAUUUACCGGGAAUCAGUCGUCUGGCUCAAAUCUAUCGUGGCGACUGAAGGACAUGGCCAUGUCGGACAUAGAGGAGAUGCGGGAUGCAUCCGAAUCAAUACCACUCCCCGAAUCCGAUAAUGUCAGCAGUGAUUCCAACAACUCCGACGAUGUGGACUCUCAAUUGAGUCGCUGCGAGGAUAAUGACGAUGACAGCGACUGCAUCAGUGGAUCCACCAGUCACAGCUCCAAUUUCGGGGCUCGGGCGGGCGUGGCCCGACGCAGAAUGCCCGCCAGGGUGUCCAAGGACAACUUCAACCGGGUCUGCAGCGCCAUCAUGAAGCCCAUCAAGAAGAAGCAACGCAAGGAUCUGAACACUAAUGUCCAGACCCUCAAGAGCAUCGAAAAGAUUUACACCACCAAGCGGAUGAAGAAGUUCACGCCCACCAAUCUGGAGACCAUAUUCGAGGAGCCCAGCGAUGAGAAUGCCGCUGAUGCGGAGGACGAUAGCGAGGAGUGCUCCAUCAGCAGCCAAGUGAGAAUCGUCAAGUUUGGAGGCAGGAAGCUACGACGGGCCAUAUCCUUCAGCGAUGGCCUGAACAAGAACAAGAUCCUGUCGAAGAAACGCCGCCAGAAGGUGAAGAAGACCUUUGGCAAGCGCUUUGCGCUCAAGAAAAUCUCCAUGACCGAGUUCCACGAUCGCCUGAACAAGAGCUUCGACAGUGCCAUGCUGGAGGGCGAUGAGGGCGAACCGCCGGGAUCGGGCGAAACGCCCGAGAUUCCCAAGACAUCCAUGACUAUGGAGGACAUACAGCUGCCGGCAAUGAGCGGCCAACAGCACUUUCUCAUGCAACCGGCUGGAUUUGAGUAGAGGAGAGACUGAACGACCCAUUCAAUGCGCACCCACAUUUAUUCAUUGCAUUACAACUAGCUGAUAGUGCCCAAAAACAAAUGUACUGAUACCAAUUAUGAAGCUAGGAAUUACUUUCGUUUGGUUUACUUCAUGCCGUAGUCCUAAGCCCCAUCAAAGUUAUAUGUGUGUGUAAAUAGCAAGUAGAGAAAAAUAAACUAGAGCUAUACCUAAAACUAAACUUAUCCAGCCAUAGAAUACGAUUCUGUGCCUAGCCAUUAAGCGUACAAUAAAAGUUGAAAAAUACAUAUCCAUUUACUGCCGUUUGAGAAUUUUUGAACAUUAAAGAAAGGAGGAUCCUAUAGUUUUUGCAUUUUAUUGAGUUAAUUAUUUAUAUAUUUUUUGUACUGUUCUCGAAUUAGAUUUUAGCCUGAAUUGU